AGUGCGCGCGCAUCAAUACGAGAGCAGUAGCAGCAGCCAUCGUCAUCGUCAUCGUGAGCUGCCCGCCGUUGUUGUGCGUGAACCCUCGGGGUGGUGGUGUGUAGACUAUUCCUUCCUCGUUGCAAAGAGAGAGAGAGAGAGAGAGCAGCGUCUCUGAAUCAGCCCAGCUAUUACCUAUACAGGCGGACCUCGUAGCUACACAUUGCUACUCUCGAGUAGCCUCCUUCAGGUCGAGGAGCGAGAGGCUGAGCUUCGCAAGGCCGAAGACAAGCCAAAAUAUUACGCGCGUGUGCACGAGGUGUUGUGCUGUUCGCCCGAGAGGAUCGUCCCAUCGCGUUCCUCGAGGAGGCGGAGGUGAAACCUACAACACGCGAUAUAAGUAGCUCUCGGGCCGAGGCUGUUGCUGCCGCCGUGUUAGACGCGCUCUGCCGAGGGAAGUGCGCGUGCGGAGGAACAUCAAUAACAAUACGCCAACGGGGGUAACGACGACGACUACGACGGGCGCGACGACGAGCACGACGACGGGGAGCAGAAGGGACAGGCCAGGCAGGAGGAGCUCGUCGACGAGGACCGCCGCCGGACGAGUCGCCAAGCCCCGCGCGCUCCAGCGCACGCUCGCCAGAGGACUCGAGAAAAUGGCCGACUCUUGGACCCAGAACGUCGUUUGCCGGUAUUUUAAAAAUGGGAUAUGCCGGGAAGGCAGCAAUUGCAGAUACAAACAUGUACAAGGAGCUAGAAGUGAAACAACUCCUAGUGAAUCUGGAAGUUCACAGGGCUCAUCAUCAUCCUACUUGCAUUGUCGCUUCUUCAAACAGGGUACUUGUAGAUUUGGAAACCGCUGUCGAUUUGUUCACAGUUCCAACAGCCAAACGGAAAGUUCCAGUUCUGAAACCCCAUCCAAUAGCUCUCUGACACCAGUAGAGAAAAAUUGCAGCAUGGAGAUCAGUUUGGAUGCAGAAGAAUGGGUGAAUGCUCCUGAGUUUGUGCCAUCAGCAGCAAACUCCAGUGCUAAUGCAUCUUUCUCACCGGAAAACUGUGCAUCAGGCACUACAGCCCCGCUUUCUUAUGCUCAGGCAGUAAAUCCAUCUUCUGGACAGGGAUCAUUCUCCUCCUUAGACCCUCUUUGUCCAUAUGCUGAAGCAAGUGGCAUUUGCAAGAAAGUUAACUGUACCUACCUUCAUGGCGAUAUCUGUGACAUGUGCAGCAGACCAGCCCUUCACCCUUACAACGAAGAAAUGAGAAAGAAACAUACAAAUGCAUGUGUAAAACAGCAUGAAGUUAAUAUGGAACUUUCAUUUGCUAUACAACGUAGUCGAGAAAAAUCUUGUGGAGUUUGUUUUGAAACUAUUAUGGAAAAAGCAACGCGUGAGCAAAGGUUCGGAAUUCUACCAAAUUGUAAUCACUGCUUCUGUUUGACUUGCAUUCGAAAAUGGCGUAAAGCCAAGCAGUUCGACAAUAAAAUUAUCAGGGCAUGUCCGGAGUGUCGUGUUCCUUCAGAUUUUGUCUGUCCCAGUAUGUACUGGGUAGACACAAAGGAAGACAAGGAUAAAUUAAUUACAGAUUAUAAAGAUGCCCUGAGUACCAAAGAUUGCAAAUAUUUCAACAAAGGCAGAGGAAAAUGUCCGUUUGGUAACAAAUGCUUUUACCUUCACGCUUUACCUGAUGGCACCAAGACUGAUGUUGGUCCUCCUGUUCGACAACAACGUCGCAAUGCUGAUAAUGAUAUCGACUUUUUUCGCCAAUUACUACUCUGGGACUUUAUGGACGAAAGAGAAAACUUUUGGCUGUAUAACAUAGAUGAUUUACAAGAUAUUGUCAAUAUUGCAUCAGACUCUGAGGAUUCUGACUGGUCUGAAUAUGAUCUUUACUUCGACUAGUCUCCCACCUUCUGCACAUCAAGAUGCAUUGCCAGCAAAUUCUGCGUAGCCUUUGUCUUGUCUGAAUGACUGGAUAGCGAAAUGAGGGGACCUCCAGAAAAAAAAUACACAAAAAGCUGAAAUAUUAAGAAGAUUCACCGCCUGCUGUCGCGUAAACCUUCUAAGUUCAACUUUAGACUUUUUUGGAGUAACUUAAAAAGCUCGUGCCACUGUUAUGCAAGGCUGAAUCUGUUCAUUCGGUACAAUUUGAUAGCACGACACGCUUAUGAGAGGCGCUUACUCAAGACUUAAAACAAAAAAGUAAAAACGAUGUAACGUCACUUAAGGAAGACCAUAAAUCUUCGCUUGAGAAGCUUAUUAAGUGCUGGCCUGCUGCUAAAUCUGUUUUUAAAAUAAUUAUCGUUGACGUUGUUGAUAUGAUGUUGUACUGUUAUUAACCUCGGAGAGUCGUUAUACUCUAUUAUUAUUUUUUGAAAAAUUUCAGCCCGAUUUGGCUGAUUUAACUUUCUUGUUAAUUAUCUCCAAGACAAACAUAUGCCUAUUGACGUUGUGUUUCUUAAAUAAAAGCGGUAGCAGGCUGGCACUGAGUUCUCGUUUAAAUAAAAGUAACGAUUCGGGAAAUAAGUGAAAGAGGUUCGCUCGUUCGUUCACACAGGUGUUUUUCUAGCGAGUCUUAGCUUUCUUCGUCCGCUGACUUUUUUAGGCUAAAUAUCGUAAAAAAUUAUGAAAUAUAAACUGAAAAAUCGACGAUAAGUUCUUGCUCGCUGUUAUAGUGAACGCGUUCGUGAACGCGUGUCCUUCGGUAUGAAUAAACUGCGAACCUAGCACAUUUCCAGAAAAAACCCCGUAAUCUUUAGAUUUACAUUACCUGGGCUGUGCGAUCGCACAGGUUGUCUACGUAUCUUAGAUGUUAAUUUGUACAUUUAGCCAAGCUCGAUGGACCAGGAAAACAUUGAUGAUUGGCUUCAAAUUCGUUUCUUACGAUAAUAUAUUUUUGUUAUUGGAAGUAAUAAAGUAGUUCGUAUGCUCCACGAACCGAGAUAAAUUUUUAUCAUAAUACUCUUCGGCGCUUUCUAUGAAAAGAUCAAACGGCGCAUUCAUAAAUUUUUAACUUCUAAUAAGGCACUAACAAUACAAAUUGAUAGUCAAAAGAAAGAUACAUUGAGCCCUAUUGUUAAGCAACAGUACAUCUUAACUGUAGUAGCUCUCUUCUCAGAAGUUAUUUUUAGAGAUCAAAUAAAUAUCAAAAAAUUUUAACGAAUGCA